CGAUGAACUGUCUUAUUAAAAAUGUGAAAGACGAGCGCUAAGCGUGAGCAAUAGCAAUAGCGUAAGUGAGAGUUGAUUCCAAAAAUACACAACGAUUGUAAAUACAACAACGCCAACGCCAUUUUCACAGCAGACGAAAGUGAAAAGCUGGGAAAACAGAAUAGAGAAAAAGCAGUGCAUUAUUUUUCACCCAAAUCUGUGUCACAAUUGAGGUUUCCUUUAACAAGCGUGUGUGUGUGUUUGUGUGCGUGUUUUGAUAUUAUAACGUUAUUAGCAAGAUGUCGGAAAAAUUUCUAACUAAACAACAAUACCCACAACAACAACAACAGCAGUCGCAGCAAGGCAGCAUUGGCAUCUUGAAUAAUAAAAUGAACGUCAUACCAAAUUACACCUUGAGCGGAAUGAGCAACUUUGAUGCCGAAUCUCUGCCAGAUUAUUCAGAAUUUGAUUCCGAAUCGGUAACUUUGGACUAUUACAAGGAAAGUGUUCUGCGCCCCGAACCGGACAAAAUGGCGCCGACUACGACAAUUGAAACGAUUACAAUCACAAGGCCGCUCAAGGUGAUUGCAUUUAUUUGUGGUGUCAUCGUUGUAGUACUGAUGAUUAUGGCACUGGCCUCCACAGACUGGCUGAUGGCUGCCGACUGGCGUCAGGGUCUAUUUGUGCACUGUAUUGAAGAGGAGUCGACGCAGCCACUGCCAUUCAAUAUACAGGACCCACCCGGCUGCUAUUGGACCCGCGAUAUUGGGUACAUCAAGGCGACCGCAGCGCUUUGCAUUAUCACAUUGAUAACGGACGUCAUUGCCACAGUUCUAACUGGACUGGGCUUGAGGACGCAGAAUCACAAUCUCAAAUAUAAAUUUUAUCGAAUAGCAGUUCUAGUAAUGCUUGUCUCAUUAUUGGCCGUGCUAUCCGCUCUAAUUGUAUAUCCAGUGUGUUUUGCAGGCGAACUCACAAUCGCGAAUCGACGCGUUUGGGAGUUUGGUUGGGCUUAUGGAGUGGGCUGGGGCGCAGCCAUUUUCUUGUUUGGCGCCGUUGUCCUUUUACUCUGUGACAAAGAAUCUGAGGAGAUCUACUAUAAGGAAAGGAAAAUUGUACAUGAAAACCAAAUGCGCGCCUAGGCAAGGCCGCACGACCUGCCUGACGUCGUUCUUUAGACAUAAGCAUCUAGCAACCAAUACACAAAGACACACACAGACACUCACAGACGUGUAUAAAUAUUGAUUUGACUCAGACUCAAGAAUAAUUAACUAAAUCAAAACAAUAAUUCUCAGCAAACAAAUUUGUUACAAUUCCGAUUACGUAUAUCAUACCCAUGUUAAACCAAAACGACAACAAAAACAAAAAUCUGUAAAGCGACUUCCUUAUCCCCAUAGUUCUGGAUAUUAGUUUCGAUACAAUAUGUUUUGUUUAUGUUAUUUGUAUUAAGUUGAAAGGUAAUCUCCCAAAAACAGCUAUACAUACGAACACUUGCGCCUCUCAUUGCAUCCCAUAUAUAAUCGAAUAUAAUCUUGAAAUCGUGUCCAACCUAUUACCUACCUACCUACCUAUAUAAAUACAUAUUUAGGAAAACAUGCAUAAUCGCAACUUUUGUCAGCCAAUUGUUAGUCAGUUCCUUGGCAUAAUUGUGACAAAUGCAAAUCAAAAUUGUACUUUACGUACUUGUAAACAUAUAUACGAGGACAAAUAUUCAGAUACAUACAAGUCGUAUAGCUAGAAAAUUAGCAUAGAAAUUCAUAGCUGUUUACCCAUGUAAUCGUACCAGAUAUGUGUGUAUAUAACCUAACUAUACUCCAACAUUCAACACCCUACCCCAAACCAAAACGAAAUUUCGACGAUAUUAAAAAGAAAACACACACACACAUUUUUGUUUGCUAAAACUUUAAUAAUAUUGAUAUGACCACAUAAUUUCGUUACUAGGUCGAUAACAGUCAUAUAUAUAUAUUUCGAGAACCCUCAAAUGAGCAGCUUAAAAUUACCGGUUCCGCUAUACAAUAUCAUAUUUUAAAUUUCUUCUUGAUCUGUACCAAAAUGAGUUGGUCAACUUUAAUUUAUUUUGUGUUGUGUGUCAGCUCUACUCUUAUACCUAAUGUACUCGAAAUAAUAUGUAUUUUAGCUACACACCUUUUGUAUAAUACUUAAACCGUCCCGUCUACCAUUCAGUUCACAUUUAAUAAUAUUAAGUUAAUCGCAAUAUUUUGAGCUCUCUCUUAAGUUGGCAGCUUGUAUUUUUUUAAGUACAAUUGUAACAGCAGUUUAAUUUAUUAUUACAUUUUAUUUUAAUAUUGUACAUUUGCCUUGAGUUUAAUGCUUUCUACUUGGAUACAUAUCACAGUUUAUUAAAAUAAAUAAACACGUUUCUGACCACUUUUUUUUUA